UUUUGGGAUUUCUAUUAUUCUGACAGUCACCAAGAGCACUUUUCCCAGUAGGAUGAUUCACACGGAGCACGUGUGAACCCCCCCCCCCCCCCCCCCCCCUCAUCCUCUCCGCUCUGUGCUGACUCCCUUCUCACGGCGGCUCUCCCCCAGCGCUGGUCGUCAUACCAACAUCGCACGUACUGGACUAGGAAGUGAACCGGCUUCGAGAUCUCAGAAUACACCGCACCGUGCGUACGGUGCAUCGGAGGAUGCCCGCGUACGAGAACUUUUCCAGCAUCAUAGCGCACGGCUCACCAUCGGCGCACACACCACGGACGGUCGUACUGGAAGAACUUCACUAAGAAGGAGAAGAGGAAGAAGAAGAAGUGGAAUUGCGAAUAAAGCUUCCCCGGAGUGUUUUUUUUCUUCAUAGAUAAUUUCCAAAUGAUGAUUUCCUCGCGUAAAGCAGGACCCGUUCCUGCUGUGUAGGCGAGGUGUGCAGAGGGUGGACUAAGAGGUGCUGGGUCUGCCAAGCUUAACAGAGAUUCAUCCUCUGGUGCAGACAUGGAGCUCUGGGGAGUCUAUCUUGUGCACUUUCUAACUUUGGCUCUGACGGAGGUGGUGCUGGCCAGCCAGGACUGCCUGGUGGCGGGGGACACGUGCUCCAGCGACGAGACGUGCAGCCCCCGCCUGAGGACCCUGCGCCAGUGCGUGGCUGGCAACGGCAACAUGAAGCUGGGCCCCGGGGCCAGGAGCCAGUGUGCCAACGCCGUGUCGGCACUCCUGUCCAGCCCGCUGCACGGCUGCCAGUGCAAGAGGGGCAUGAAGAAGGAGAAGAACUGCCUCAGCAUCUACUGGAGCUUGCAUCAGUCCUUCAUCCACGGUCUGAACCUGGUGGAGAGCUACCCCUACGAGGCGGUGGAGCGGGACUAUGACUACGUUCGCCUGGCCUCCAUCACUGCAGACUCCGAGGUUGGCAUGGCGACGGUGAACCGUUGCCUGGACGCGGCCAAGGCUUGCAACGUGGACGACCUGUGCCAGAAGCUGCGCACCGACUACGUGUCGGCCUGCAUCAAGCCCUCCGCCAAGUCAGGCCUGUGCAACCGCUCCAAGUGCAACAAGGCCCUGCGCCGCUUCUUCGACCGGGUGCCCGGAGACUACACCCACGAGCUGCUCUUCUGCCCCUGCACCGACACGGCGUGUGCGGAGCGCCGGCGGCAGACAAUCGUGCCCGGGUGCAGCUACGAGGGCCGCGAGCGGCCCAGCUGCCUCACCCAGAUGCGCAUCUGCAGGGCGGACUAUGUGUGCAGAUCUCGUCUGGCACAGUUCCAGUACGACUGCCAACCCUCCCAGUCUUCUGCAAAUGGCUGCAAGCAAGGCAACUACGGAGCCUGUCUCCUCGCCUACACAGGGCUCAUAGGAAGUUCAGUGACCCCCAACUACUUGGACAACUCAACGUCCAGCGUGGCCCCGUGGUGCUCCUGCUCUGGGCCUGGGAGCCAGGGAGACGAAUGCAGCGAGUUCCUGGGCUACUUCACCCACAACGUCUGUCUCCGAAAUGCCCUCUUAGCUUUUGGAAGCGAACCGGACCUGAAUCAGCCAACUCUCAACCAAUCGAAUGCCUCCAUUCCGGGCCAGCGGAGCAAAGAGAGGCAGAGCACCACUUACCCUCCCGAAACCAUGGAAACCAUGCAGAACAUUCUGGAAACAAUCAUUCCCACACAGGCCGUCGACAAUGAACAGAUGCAAGGUCACUCCAUCCUACCCCCUGACAGCCUCCCAAACUUGUAUUCUUCUUCUUCUUCUUCUUCGUCUCGAAGCCCAAGGCCUUGGGCUACCUCCAGCAUUCUUCUUCUACUGUUUGCUCAUUUGGUUAGUUACGGACACUGAAACCGUCAGAAAAGAACCGUUCUAAAGAACCUUGCCCGUGAUAUAGGGAGAAGAUACAGAUGGGAGAGCGAGAAGUGGACCCUCUGACCCGUCUCUCUCUCUCUCUCUCUCUCUCUCUCUCUCUCUCUCUCUCUCUCUCUCUCUCUCUCUCUCUCUCUGUAAUAUAUGUACAGCAUAUGUAUGUAUACAAGUGUUUUUUUUUUUUUGUUUCUGUUCCACCUGUCAACAUCAGCCUCUCAGCGAUUUCAAGACACUACAGCGUGCACGAGAGAGAGGCGGGGAGAGGGGUGAAAAAGAGAGCGAGAGGGGAGAGCAAGGUCGGUUUGUACAUUUGAACAUUGCUACUGCAUUCAACUAAAGCCAGUUGAGGUAAAGGACUGCACCACCACUAACCCGGCGCCAAGCUUCUCAGCCAACAUACCAUUUCAUUUUUUAUUCCAAUAAGUUCUUAUAAAACGUUGGAGCGUGUGUGUGUCUGUGUGUGUGUUUAUCGCUUGAACAAUUGUGAUUGCCUUUGUGGAGAUCUGUAUUAUCUAAACAAAGCUCCUUGCGGGUGAUAGUGUAUAAGACAGAGAAAAACCUAACAAAAAAAAGUUGGAAAAAUACCCGUUUGGAAAAUUUGGUUUGGUAUGGUUUUGCAACAACAACUGAUUCAGGGUCAAUACUGAAAUAGUUGUUUGGGACUCAGAAACAAUUGAGUAGAACAAUCAGGGCGCGCACUGAGCAUGAAGCUCAACAAGACACUACAGAUGUUCCAGAACACUCUGCUGCUGCAGCGGAGAUGUGGCGGACCUUUGCAGAAGGACCCAACCGUUAUCUGGACCUGUGUCCUCAAAGCUCGCACACCCUCAAGCUGAGUCUACGCCAUUCACGGCAGACACAGACCCUCUGGUUGAAUCGUUUGGAUGGGUGCAGCAACACCACCCAAUCCAGCUACGUUAUCUGAGUUUCUCUUGUGUUUAUUCGCGAAAGGAGGAGAAGAUUCCUGUUUUUGUUUCUUUUGUUUGUAUCUCAUUGUGUACGUGGACGUUUUAAGGACCUGGGAUCAAUGUGCCAUAUUUGACGAGCUUCACUUGACCCGCAGAGCGAGGGGAGAACAGCAUGCAGCUGGUUGGGGAUCACAGUGCUGAAGGAAGCACCAUUAUCUGUUGGCUGUGGUUGUAAAUUACGAACUGCAAAAAAAAUAAUUGGUUCAAGUACCGCAAAUAAAGGUUUUAAGAUCA